UACGAAUAAUAUUAAUAUUAUAAUAAAUUAAAUUGCAAAAGACGCGUUGAUGAAAUGGACGGUUUUUGUGAAAAGGGGAUCAACUCACUUUUUGGACAUUUUGAUAUUAUACAUGAAAAUUGUGCGAAAUUUUACGCCCAAUCCAACGGUAACACUGUCAGUAUCCAGUGAUCACUAUUUUUAAUAAUAUUAGCUUGUGCGUUAAGAAUCAAAUCAAGAAUACGUUUAUUUGUUUGUGAGAAAGGUAUCAAGUCACUUUCGUAUUUACUAUUUAAUUAUUUUUUUCAUUGUCUUAUUUAUCUUGGACAUACUUAUCGUAAAUCUAAUUAGUAUUCAAGUUCUUAUUAUGUCGAACAGAGCAAAGAAACUAUUGAGGUUGGCGUGCAACAAUGUCAAUGUCAAUAAUAAUCGUCUAAAACCUGCUGUACGCAGACAUUUAAAUAAAACAUUUCGUAAUAUACAUACUUACAACAAUGAGGAUGAUGGGUUUUUAAAAAACUAUUUAUUACAAUGGGUAAAUAAAUCAGAUCCAUCAUAUGGUCUGUCAGAUAAUGAUGAUGUGUUAAUAACUGAAAAGCAUAUUGAAGAAAAUGUAACUAGUUGUGCUAUAGACAAUAAAAAUAUAGAAAACUUUAUCACAUUAAACAACGUAAACUAUUCACUUGAGUUCAGCAAUGAUGAUCAACAUAUGAUUAAUAAUGGGAAAAUUGGUAGCCAACCAAGUGUUAUUUUGGGUACACCUGAGUCAUAUUUUGAAAAAAUACCUAUGGAUCAGGAUCAUGAUGUAACUGAUGGAAAACCAACUGUUAUUUUGAGUACAGCUGAACCAUCAUUAGUUGUAAGUCAUGAAGAAUAAUAUAAUGCAUUAUGCAAUGAAUAAAAGGAAGUCCAGGGUGAGUGUGAAAGGUGAUACCAGACAAUUUAGAAUUUACAGAAAUCAAAGAAGAAAUACUGGUUUGGAAUAUAUAACUAAUACAGGAAAAAUAGUCAAAUCUCGAACAUCUAAAGCACUUCUAGAUUGUAAAGCCAAGUUUAAUAGUAAAAUAGAAGAUAGUUUACGUAAUCAAUUAUUUAACCUAUAUUGGUCCAUGGGUAUAGUUUUAACAGACGAACAGCUUAUAUUUCUAAACUAAUAACAUGUACUCCUAAGAUAAGUAGUAGAAAAAGAAGGGAUACACCAGAAAAACAAAAACCAAGGGAAAAAACAUAUCAAUAUUAUGUACCAAAAAAUGGUGAAUUAUUACGUGUAUGUAAAGGUUGUUUUAUGAAAAUAUUUGGUGAAAAUACUAAGUUUUUGAGAAAUAUUUGUACUAAUAUGCUAAGUUCACCUGCACAACAAUUUUCUUCAAAUAAAAGAGGUCGUGCAUCACCUGGAAACAAUCGCUCUCAAGAUGAUAUUAAAUUAUUGAUUAAUCAUAUUAACAAACUUCCUUGUUACGAAAGUCAUUAUUGUAGGAAGGAGACUUCAAAAAAGUAUUUACCAAGCCAUUUUAUAUUACAACGAGCUUAUGAUGAAUAUAAAAUAAGUGUAGAAAAGCCAGUUAGUCGAACACUGUAUGAAAAAUAUUUUAAAAGUCAAGAAUUCCAAAAAGGACACUUGCACACAGUGUGACAAGUAUAAAAUACAGCUUACUGAUAACAUUAUUUCACCAGAACAAAAAACUAAAAUAAUUGAAGAUAGGAUACAACAUCAAGAUGAAGCUGAGCAAACCUAUGAAUCGAAAAGAAACGACAUAGCUAACAUGUCCAAAAACCAUUGUGUUUUAUCGUUUGAUUUACAACAGUGUCUUUCAACACCCUCAUUAGAAAGCUCUGUUGCAUUUUAUAAAUGACAAUUGUGGACCUACAAUUUAACUGUGCACAAUUGUGCAUCUACUACAGCAACAUGUUAUAUUUGGUACCUAUGAAACUAGAAAAACAAGGGGCUAAUGACAUUGGUUCGUGU